AUGGAUGCUUCAAAUGAAGAAAAAAUUCCAUUGGUACCUGAAUUGGUUAAAUUCAAAAAUGUUUGUCAAAUUGUUCAAGCACUAGUGAAUGAACCACAUAAUAUCGGAAAUUUGAAUAUCGUCGGAUCAGCAAUCACAGAACCAGGUGAUACAUUGCCAGGUGUACCGAUUGAAACUCUGCAGAAUAUUGUUCUGAAUUUUGGAAGUGAAUUCGUUCCAGCGAGUAGUUAUCCGAUUAAAGAUAAAUCAUGUCGACAACAAUCGACUGGUUUGUGUGGUAUUGUGUGUGCAUUACCUGGUACCAAAGCUCCUGGCGAAAUUCGAAAUGGUGCCUAUCGACAAUUAUUUCAUCCAGAUCAAAUGAUUACUGGAAAGGAAGAUGCGGCAAAUAAUUAUGCUCGUGGACAUUACACAGUUGGAAAAGAUAUCAUCGAUUUAGUUCUCGACCGUAUGCGAAAGAUGACUGAUCAAUGUACCGGACUUCAAGGUUUUCUUAUCUUUCAUUCAUUUGGUGGUAAGUGCUCAUUCUUUCUUUAG